GGCUGAAGAAGAGGUCCACCAACGGCCCUUCCCUAUUUUCCCAUUCAUAUUAGCUCAUGUUAAGACCAACCCUAACUCUAAACCCUACUAUCCUUAGCAACCCAAAGACCAACCCUUAAGUUACUACUAAGAAUAGCGCAUUAAAAUCUUUGGAAAACAUCACCAUAACAAUCUUGCAGUAACACUACGGUUAUUUAACAAAACCAGUUCGAGAACCUUGAUUAGCAAAAACUACUUAACGAGGCAGCAAAAACAAAAGGAAUGGACAUGCUCCCCUGUGACUGUCGCUUCUUUGUUCAGUGCACAGACCACCAGAUGAGUCGCCACCCACCGCUGCGCUCCAUCUUCGUCACUAGUCUUCAUCACCAGCAUUCAUGGCGUGGAAUUGCUGUUCCCUUCGUCGGAGGACGCCGCGCCGGACCUAGGGGUGAAACCCUAGGUCAGCUCUCUCUGUUCCGUUUCCGCCUCCCCCCUUUUGUCUCAUCUCUAUCUCUUCUUUUUAUAAUUGAAAUUGAAAGUCAUUGAAUUGGAGAAGAAAACUCUGGGAAUCCAACUCUUCGCACUUCCCGUUUCUUGCGCCUAGGAGGAACACGGCUGGUCUUUCCUGCUAUGCUUUCUACGGAUUGGAGGACUAUUUACUUUAUUUUUUUAUUGUCCUUCUGAUUUCCUCCACAUUGGUUUAUGAUGGGCCAAAUAGCUGUCUGGGCUGGGUCUAUUCUUCACUUUCUUCCAAUGCUUUUUUACUCCAAAAUAUAUCUAAAACAUAUUA